GGCAGUGUAGAACAGUGUCGGCACUGCAGUAGCCGUCAACAUCGCCAGUACAGAGGUCGUGAAGCGGUAGUGUAUCGUGCGUGUGAUUACUGAUUACUGUAGCGCGUAUGUGAUAUCAGUGACAUGUCAAGUGACAAACUCAGCAUCGCCAUGGCGACUAAUGUGUCUGAAAAUGAAGAAACAGAGACACACAAAACCAAGGUAUCCGAUUCAGGAUAUUCCAACAGUUGCAGUAACAGCCAGUCUCAGCGCAGUAAUAGCUCCAAGUCAAGACACAGCACAUCCAGUGGCAGCAGUGGGUAUUGUGGCCAUCCCUCCUCCACACUUGGCAGCAGUGGUGAUGAGAACCUGAAAAAGAAGAAACCUAACAGCCAAGUGAUAGCCACAACAGUGGAAGAUGAGGAAGUAUCAGCUAAAGAAACAUCCUUUACACCUCCUCACCCUGCAGAAAAGAUUGCUGAUAAAAAGAAGACUCCUGCUUGUGUUGACCCAUCAGUGUUGGACAACAUGUCUAGUCCUACAGUAGAGAGUGAGGCUCUACAAGUGGCAGUGCUUGCUCAAACACUCUAUUGUCUCCAGAACAAAGCUAACGAAAAAUCACUUGAUGAACAGGAUUUAAGUUUUCCCCCACCACCAGCCAACAAGGAACUUCAGAAAACUGAAAUGGUCAUUAGUGAUUUUAAAGAUGACACAAAGCAUGAGAAAGAGUUCUGCAUAGUUGUAACACUAUCGGACGGCACCGUUGUUUGCACCACUCCAACCCUGACUAAAGUCCUGGGCUUUCCUAAAGACAUGUGGAUUGGACGAUCACUAAUAACAUUUAUGCACCCAAAAGAUAGAUUAGCAUUUGCAGGACACAUUACUUCAGCAAUGGCAAGAGCACAUUCCAAACAAAAGGAAACAGGCAACAACUGCAAUGAUAACAGUGAGCAUUCAGACUACUUCUACUGUUGGAUUAGACUGUAUCAUGGUCUGAAAACAGGCUUUAAUGUCACAGACAAAAAAGCCUCUUAUCUUCCUUGUCAACUGUCAAUGAACUUCAAAGAGGUGCCAGAUCAGGGAGUGUUUCUCGUUGCUACUGCACGUGUAGUCAAAUCUGCUUACAAAGUUCCUGAUGAGAAAAGAUCCAAUCCCCCAACGUUCACCAUUCGCCAUAAAGCUAACACUCUGAUCAGUCAUGUGGACGAUGAUAUCGUCCCUCACUUUGGAUACAAACCUCAUGACAUGAUUGGUAGAUCUGUAUUUGAUUUUUACUAUGCCGAGGAUUUACCUUAUCUGAAAGAUGUGUAUACAAAUGUGGUAAAGGAGGAAGGGUUGUUAUUCCUGAGUCGCCCCUACAAGUUUCGCUGUCAGAAUGGAGACAGUGUCACAUUGGAGACUGAAUGGUCCAGUUUCAUCAAUCCCUGGGGCAAAAAUCUGGAAUUUAUCAUUGGAAGACACAAGGUCUUGAUAGGACCUCAUAAUCCUGAUGUAACUAGUCCAGUUUUGGAAACAGAACAAGCUGAUAAGGAGGAAGACGAAAACAAUACAUAUAAAGAUGAAGUUACAGUUUUGCUAACUGAACCAAUAGUAAGGUGUUAUGAACCUAGUAAGCAGCAACUGGCUCAGCUAGUAGAAUCACUAGAGAAGAUAUCAUCAUCUCAACUAUGUGGACAGCCUACUGGUGCACAAGUACCUGCAACAGCAUCUGCGCCUGUGCCUUCAGCCACAAGUGAGAUGCUAGGUGAAAUUUCCCCUCACCAUGUUUAUUCAGACAGCAAAUCUUCUUCUGAAACUCCUAGCUACAACCAGUUAACGUAUAAUGAAAAUAUUCAAAGGUUUUUUGCAAGUGAGCCUAAAACAACUGGUUCAGAUGAAUUCCAGGACACAAAAAAUGAACGGAACCAAUCAUCGUCUAGCGGAGGGGAGGAAGGUAAAUCUUUACCGAACAACUCCAGUUUCAACAAUAGUGACAGCUUCCUGAAUGGCAGUGGCAAGAGCAGCAUGAACAGUGCUAGUGCCAGACAACAGUGCCAGAUGGAAACUGUGGUACAGCCUCCCAAGUCCAACAACGUUGACAACAAAGAUUACAAGUCUCGCUCCAAGCCCCUUACAGAGGAGAUGCUGUAUCAGCACAAUGAAAAUAUGAACAAGCAGAUGGCACAAAAGCACAAGAAAGAAAAAAGUAAAAGUCAAGUUAAUAGGAAGCAUAAAAAUGUUCGGCACAAAACUCAAGAAGAAAAUGAGCAGGAAGAUCAAGGUGGUCAUGGCAUGAAACGAAGUGUGUCAAACUCGUGGGAAGGUGAACCAGUAAAAGCAUUCAAGGGUGCACAUAGGGAACAACCCGCAAUGGUGUCUCACAGCACAUGUGUCCGUAUGCGGCCUGCUGCUCCUCCAGGUGUCUGGCCCAGUGUUUCCUCUCCCCUCGCUGGGCACAUGAACUACCCGAGUCCACUGGUGAACCCUCUGAUACCUUGUGUUUACAUGAACCCACUGCCAGCCGUGCCACCAGCAGCCCCGACUGUGUGUGGCCUCCAGAUCCGUCCGCCUGUAGUCACUCAGCCCAGUGAAAAUCCUGCAAUAGUUCCACCAUCCCUGCAGCACAGACCCCCAGUAGUGCCAGCUCCUCAGCCAUACUUAACUCAUCAAGUACAAUACAUGCCCAGUCUGAUGUAUCAGCUGCCGCUGGUGCCGAUGGUAUACACACAGUCUCAUGUCAUGUCUCCUACCAUCAAGCCAAGAAUGGCUUACAUGUCGAGCAUGACACCCAUGACUACAGUGCUGCAACCGCAAUCCUCUUCUGCUACAACUUCAGUGAAGGGAGAACCUGGAUCGGCCCUUUGCAGUUUUGCCUCAGCGUCUUUGAAACAGGAGUUAUCAGAUUCUUCUAAGAAAGAAAAUAAAUCCCGUGCGAGUUCCCCAGUCUUCUCUCCGGGUGGAUUUACAUCCAACACAGGAAAAACAAAAACUGGAACAUUUGAUAAUGACCUCACACAUGAUGACACAAGUUAUUGUUCUUACACCUCGUCAUUCCUUAAAACAGAUAAAUCUGAUGACAGCAUGAAGGGAGCUAUUGAAAAGGCAUGGUGCAAAAUGGCUUCGUCUGAUAGCACACCACUGAGAACUGUUCGGAAAGAACCUUCAUGGAUGGAGAAUGUGGAACUCACCCCAGAACUUCUUCUGAGAUACAAAAUGAAUACUUCUGGUUGUAUCCUUAAUGAUGUUCUACAGUCUGAUUGUCAAACUCUCCUGAAAUAUCACCAGUCGGACAUAGUGAAUGAACAGCUUGACCAGUUGUACAUGUCUCUCGAGGGUUUCUCCAAACACUUGGCACUAGAAGACAGUUUUCCAUCUAGUUCCAGUAGCGGUGAUGAGAAAAAUCUGGUACAAGCAGCAAUUGCCUCUACAAGCACUGCAUCGUUGAACAAGCCCAAAAAGAGGAGAAGGUUUAUGGCAUAUGAAAAGUAUUCAAUGGUUUUUGAAGAAGAUGCCCCUCUGCCUCCUUCGCUAAAUGAAAUGAUAGCCAGAACUGCCCAGAGUUCGUAGCAGGUCUGUGGGGCUGUGAUGUGCAUCUAACAUUUCCAUUACCCUUAAUUUUUUUAAAUAUUUUAAAAUGUAUACCAUUAUUAAUAAAGUUUUAUUUAUUAAUGUAAUAAAAUAUAGUAUUUAUAAUGUUGUGUAAAUAAGUAAUUAAAGAACUAUUCUUAGA